CUUCUAACAUCAAAUGAUUCUUCAGAGCCAGCUACACGAAACCCGCGGCCAUAAAUCUCUCAUUUAAUUCUCAUUCAACAUCUCAUUAACUUCUCCAGUUCUCGGUAGGUCAAGCUUUUACCACUCCCUCCUCCACUCCUCCUUUCUCCACCUUCACCAAACAGAAACCAGAAAGAAGACAUUUUGCUGAAAAGAGAGAGGGAAACAAACACUUAGAAGCAAAGUUGAUGGAGAUGGAUGAAGAUAUCUGCUGCUUUCAGCCUUUAUCGUCAUCGAAUAUGCUACAAUAAAUAAGAGCUGGUUCGAAGUCCCUCAGUAAAGGCCAAAGCAUGUCUCUUUCCUCCGCUUCAUCUGAAGCUUCUCUUAAGAAAGCUCUCAGAAAGCGCUGAAACUCAUGAUAUUGAUGAUGCCGCCCGCGAGGAAGACGAAGUUGAGAGACCUCUCUCUUCUUCUUCUUCUUCUCCUUCUUCUUCUCUUCUUGCUCGACAGAGGUGCAGCAAGCAAGAGGGUUUCUUCUUUAAGGCUUGCGAGAAUACGGAGGCAUUUGGAUAUGAUAAACAAGCCUGCUCUGCGAUCCAUUCAAAGCCCGGAUGGAGAUAUUAUCGAUUGUGUUCGUAGCCACAAGCAGCUUGCGCUCGACCACCCUCUGCUCAAGGAUCAUAUAAUUCAGAGAUUGCCAUCAGAGAGACCUGCAUUCUCCGGCGGGCGGGUGAUGAGUAACUCAACAAUAACAAAACAAGCAUGGCAAAAUUGGCACCAUGUUGGGCACUGCCCCAAGGGCACAAUACCGGUACGUCGGAGCUCCAUCGACGACGUCCUCCGAGCCAAAUCACUGUAUCACUACGGCAAGAAGCGGCACCGUCGAUGGCCAAUGAACCCCGGCGGCCGAUCGGCAUAUGCUCCGGAUGUUGUUAGUGGCAAUGGUCAUGAGCAUGCAAUAGCGUACACGGGAACAGACCAAGAAUUGUAUGGAGCAAAGGCUACGAUUAACGUAUGGGAACCGUCCAUUCAGGUUGGGAACGAGUUCAGCUUAUCUCAGAUUUGGGUCCUAUCAGGCUCUUUUGACGGCUCUGAUCUCAACAGCAUUGAAGCCGGCUGGCAGGUCAGCCCUGAGCUUUAUGGAGACAGCAGGCCCAGGCUCUUCACUUAUUGGACGAGCGAUGCCUACCAAGUAACAGGAUGCUACAACCUUCUCUGCUCUGGAUUCAUACAAACCAACAAUAAGAUAGCAAUCGGCGCUUCCAUAUCUCCGAUCUCAUCGUUCGACGGCAACCAAUUUGAUAUCAGCAUCCUCAUUUGGAAGGAUCCAAAGCUGGGAGACUGGUGGAUGAGCUUUGGUGAUGAUAUGCUGGUUGGCUACUGGCCAGCAGAGCUCUUCACUCACCUCACAGAUAGAGCAACCAUGGUGGAGUGGGGAGGUGAGGUCGUUAAUACUCGUUCCGACGGACGGCACACUUCGACUCAGAUGGGUUCGGGUAGGUUUGCGGAAGAGGGUUUUGCCCGAUCCAGCUACUUUCGAAACCUCGAAAUUGUUGAUGCAGAUAACAGCCUAAGCCCGGUUCAGUCUAUCACUACUCUUGCUGAAAACCCUAAUUGCUAUGACAUUAAGAGCUCUGCCAAUUCUGAUUGGGGCACUUACUUCUACUAUGGUGGACCUGGGAGCAAUCCCAGGUGCUUGUAAUUUGUCAAACACCUUGCAUGCAGCUAUUGUUUAGAAUAUCAAGUUCAUUUUUCUCUCAGGCCUAUAUUUGAUAUCAAUGUAUUAAGGCGUUGGUAUAUGUUGUUUUGGUGCUGCAUGUAGGGGAUGCAAGUGCUUGUUUUGUUUCUAUUUUUUAUUUAGUUUAGCACUAGAGUUUCAUGCUACACUUGUUAUAGGAAAAAAAGUUUGUGUACUGAUAGCACAAAAUUUCAACAAGUGUAAUAGCCAUGAAUAUUAUUUUGUUUAUACAGAUUCAAGCCUAGGGUGUAAA